UUUGUGCUUGUCAAAUCAAAACGUGACAAAUAACCUUAUUUUUGAAAAUAAUUUAGUUUAAUUAUAAUUAUUUCUUUUGUAUACCAUUAUACAUAUAUUUGUAAGAUUUCUCUAAAGUUUGUGCUUGCCGUGCAACGUUACAUUUAGUAUUAAAUACUUAAAUAAUGGCAAAGUUUAAAUUGAAAAAGCAAUCGAAACGUCAACCUGCUAGACUAAGAUAUAAAAUUGAGAAAAAGGUUCGUGAACAUAACAGGAAAUUGAGAAAAGAAGCUAAGAAAAAGGGCCCUGGAAAACAGAAACUUAUACAGGUGCCGAAUAUAUGCCCAUUUAAAGAAGAUAUAUUGAAAGAAGUUGAGGCAAUGAAGAAAAGAAAGGAGGAAGAGAAACAAAAAUUAAGAGAAGCUGCUAAGUUGGAAAAGGCUAAACAAAAAGAGGAACAAAAAUCAAAACCUCUUGCAACUGGAAAUUUAGAAAACUUAGUAUCUAAAGUUGAAAUGAGAAACAAAAUUCAUGAAAAGUUAUCAGUUGGAUCGGAUAAUACAGAAAAAGACUAUAGUCAGCCAAAAGAAAACUCACUGAAGGCUUAUUACAAAGAAUUUAAGAAAGUUAUUGAAGCUGCUGAUGUCAUAUUAGAAAUUGUAGAUGCAAGGGAUCCAUUAGGAACAAGAUGUCUACAAGUGGAAGAAGCAGUAAAAGAAGCCAAUAAAAGAUUAGUUGUAAUUUUAAACAAAGCAGAUUUAGUUCCACGUGAAAUUUUGGAUAAAUGGUUAAAGUAUCUUAGAAAAACAACACCGGUUGUUGCAUUUAAAUGUUCCACUCAAAAUCAGACAAGAAAAUUAGGUCAAAAGAAGUUCUACUACACAAAAACAUCAAAUAAAGUUUUGCAAGGUUCUUCCAGUGUUGGGGCAGAAUUAUUGAUGUCUUUACUAGCAAAUUACUGUAGGAACAAGGGAAUCAAAACAUCAAUUACUGUAGGAGUGGUGGGAUUACCUAAUGUUGGUAAAAGCUCACUUAUUAACAGCUUAAAAAGGUCGAGAGCCUGCAAUGUUGGAGCAUCUCCAGGAAUUACAAAAGCUAUGCAAGAAGUCCAGCUAGAUUCCAAAAUUAAAUUGUUAGACUCGCCUGGCAUAGUUUUUGCUAGUGGUUCUGACGCUAGUUCUUGUUUACGAAAUGCCGUAAAAGUUUCUUCCAUAAGUGAUCCCACUGUUCCUGCAAACGCAAUUUUACAAAGAAUUUCUAAAGAGCAACUUAUGGAAUUAUACGAUCUAAACGAAUUUGAUACACCUGAGGAAUUCUAUAGUUUAAAAGCGGCUAGAAUGGGACGAUAUAGAAAAAGAGGAAUACCCGAUUCUAUAGCUGCAGCUAGAAGUCUAUUGGAAGAUUGGAAUAGGGGAAAAAUACGAUACUAUACAGUUCCUCCUGAAGAUGAAAGUAGUGUUCACAUAAGUAGUGAAAUAGUUUCUGAAAUAGCAAAGGAAUUUGAUUUAGACAACUUUGAAAAAAUGGAGAUGGAUGUUCUCGAUAAUUUAGAAAAACAAGGUGAUUCCAAAGAUGUUUCAUUUGAAAUUGAAGCCCUUGAAUCAGUUGAACAAAAAAUCGACAGUGAAAUGGAAAUAGAUCAACCAAUUUUGGGAGAUGUAAAAGUUGAAAUAUCAAAAAAAAAUAAAGAAAAAGAAAAAUCAAAAAAGGAACCCAAUUCAGAUAAGAAAGUGGAUUCUGAAAUGUCUUUAGAGGGUAAUAAAGCACUUAAUAAAGUUAGAAAACUACAAUUCAAGAAACAGAAAAAACAGGAGAAAAGGAAACAGAAAGUAGAGCUUCAGCUAUCAGCAGGACUAGAAAACUUCGCUCUUUCAGAUAAGAAAAAUGAUAAAUACGAUUUCAAAACAGAUUAUAUGGAGCAGGCAUAAUUAUAAUUGAGUUGUGAACUCCCGUAGGUGUUAGAAACAAAAAGCAAUAAAAAUUGUUUUUCUCACCAAA